AUGACUACCGAAGAGAAAGAGAUCCUCGCCGCCAAAUUGGAAGAACAAAAGAUUGAUAUUGGACAUGAUGGAGAGGGAGGAAGUAGGUCAAAACAAAGCAGAAGCGAGAAGAAGAGUCGCAAAGCGAUGCUCAAGCUCGGGAUGAAACCCAUCACUGGUGUCAGCCGUGUCACAGUCAAAAAGAGCAAGAAUAUCUUGUUUGUCAUAUCAAAACCUGAUGUGUUCAAGAGCCCCGCAUCAGACACAUAUGUGAUCUUUGGAGAGGCAAAGAUCGAGGACUUGAGCUCUCAGAUCCAGUCGCAGGCGGCAGAGCAAUUCAAGGCUCCGGAUCUCAGCAGUGUGAUUUCACAGGGUGAGUCAUCGAGUGCUGCAGUGGUUCAAGACGAUGAGGAGGUCGACGAGGAAGGUGUUGAGCCAAAGGACAUUGAGUUGGUGAUGACACAAGCAGGAGUGUCUAGACCAAGGGCCGUGAAGUCUCUCAAGGCUGCUAAUGGAGAUAUUGUCUCUGCUAUCAUGGAGCUUACCACCUAA